AUGAGCUCUAGAAAUAGAUAUAGAGGUCAUAAAAUAAAGGCAGAGGAGUUCUCUCUUCAGCCAAAAGUACGUCAGGGUAGACGAGGGGGUUGGUUUCGUUCAUUAAGGGGGAAUAAGAUUUAUUUGAGGUACAUUAUGUUUUUAUGGGUAACAUGGUUUGCGUUAAUUCACUACUAUGAAAGAACUGUUAUUGGAAGAGCUAUGUCUAAAUGCGAUUGGAGUUUAUGGGAACCCUGGAAUCGAGGGGACAUUCCACAUAGGACAGCUUUGUUAGCGGACCCGCAGAUUAUGGAUGCACAUUCUUAUCCAGGUAGACCUCGCAUAAUUAACUGGUUCACACAACAGAUUUUGGACAAUUAUCAUCGAAAGAAUUGGUUGUAUAUGCAUGCAUAUUUGGAUCCAGACUCCGUAUUUUUCCUUGGGGAUCUCUUUGAUGGCGGUAGAAAAUGGAAACAAGAUUAUUGGGGCCAAGAAUACAAACGAUUCAAUAAAAUCUUUGACAAAAGACCAAAUAUAUACACUGUUAUGUCCUUACCUGGGAAUCAUGAUAUAGGAUUUGGCAAUGAUGUCAUAGAAUCUAGUUUAAAGAGGUUUACAGCUUUUUUUGGUGAUACUUCAUCAAAGCAUAAUAUUGGAAAUCACACCUUUGUUUUAUUGGAUAGCGUGUCGUUAUCUAAUAGAAAUGACGAAAAAAUUUCAAGAAUACCAAGAGAGUUCUUGGACUCGUUUAAUAUUAAUGACCAGAAGUAUCCUAGGAUAUUAUUAACACAUGUACCCCUAUGGCGAAACCCUGGAAAAGAUGCCUGUGGCCCUGAGCGAGAAUCGAAGAACCCAUUUCCUUAUGAGAAAGGUGAACAGUAUCAGACACUAAUAGAUGAAGAAUUAACUAGUAUGAUAUUAUCCAAAACCCAACCAUCAAUGGUUUUUUCCGGGGAUGACCAUGACUAUUGCCACAUUAAUCAUUCAUAUACAGCUAACGGAGAAUCGGUCAUGGUUGAGGAAAUAACUGUUAAAUCGUGUGCUAUGAAUAUGGGUAUUAAACGACCAGCCAUAGAAUUACUAUCUUUGUAUAAUCCACAACAGAAUGAAUUAUCCAAAUCAAUUGAACUCGAAACAAACCAUGCUACUUUCAAGACAAAAAUAUGUUACCUACCAAAUCCAUACAAACCGUUCACGAUGUAUUUAUUGCAUCUGGUUAUUUCUUUAGGAAUAAUGAUAUGGAUGAACUUUUUCCCUUCUUCAUUUAAUAAGAAAGUGGGUGUUAGGUUGAACGAUUACUUUGGGGAUAUCAAAGGCGCGUUGCUACCAAUUUCUAACAAAAAGGAUGAUAGUUACAACCUUAACGUCAUCAAACGACAUUCGAACUAUUUAGUUAAUGAAAGAGUUGAUCCGAAGGCCUUUUUUCUAAACUCUGGACUGUUAUUGUCGUUAGUUUUGAUUACAUUUGCCUACCAUUAUAAAUCUAUUUAG